AUAAAACAGAAAACUUCAAAAAUUUUCCAACUACACACAUUUCAUAAUAAACAGAAGUUAAAAAUAUUUAAUUACCUUCUGAUUAUGUUAAAAUUAAAAGAAUUACCAAUCCUUACAAGAACCCUUCGAUGUAUAAGUCAACUCUCCCCAAAAAAUCCAAUCGAAUCCAAAGAUAAUCAACCUAAAUCACCAGAAAAUGCACCUGAAUACUCACGUAUUAAAACAGCUCCCACAACUAAGCCGGGUGAUUCAUUUGGAAUUCAGGGUUGGAUUCUAAAUAUCCGUCGUAUGAAAACAAAUCUCUUUCUCGACGUCAAUGAUGGAUCGACAGCUGAAAAAUUUCAAAUCGUUGUCCCAAAGAACGACCAAACGAAAGCUCUAUCACCUGGCUGUUCAGUUAGCAUUAGUGGUGUUAUUCAAACAGCUCCUAAUGGACACAAUGAACUACAUGCCAAUGAAGUCACUCUCUUAGGAAACUCGUCCUUGCAGGAAGGAUUUCCAUUUGUCCCAAAACAACAACAUCCCCCAGAAUAUGUGAGAGAAUAUCUUCAUUUCCGUUCCCGUGUUGACUACAUAGCUUCCCAACUCCGAGUUCGACAUAGAGCAGCAAAAGCAAUUCAUGAUUUUAUGGACGAACAAGGUCUAAUCCAAAUUCACACCCCGAUUCUGACAACAAAUGACUGUGAAGGAGCCGGAGAGACGUUUGUAGUGAAACCCGAUAACGAAAAACUGUUAAAAGACAUGUCUCGCGAUGGAGUACCUUUCGACGAAAGUUAUUUCGAUCAAAAGGUAUUCCUAAGCGUUUCUGGUCAACUACAUCUUGAAGCUGCUACUUAUGGCUUAGGUGGUACUUACACCUUUUCGCCUGCUUUCAGAGCUGAAAAUUGCAAGUCUCCAUUGCAUUUAGCCGAGUUUUAUAUGGUUGAAGCUGAAUUAGCAUUCACAUACACCAUGAACGAUCUCACAAGUUUCAUUGAGACAAUGGUUAAAUCAGUUAGCCAAGAAGUAAUGAACAAAAGCUCGGAAGACGUUCAUCAUUGUCAGAAAAAAGCAGCUGCCGAUGUAGAUCUCUCCUGGUUGGACAAAAAUUGGAUAACUUUGACGUACGAAGACGCUUUUACCAUCCUAAGUGACAACAAAUCUAGAUUCAAAACAGACCUUAAAACUAAUGAAGGAUUCUCAAAGGAACAAGAACUAUUCUUAGUAGAUCAUCUUAAAAGCCCACUAUUUGUCAUUGAUUGGCCAGCAGAUCAGAAGCCCUUCUAUAUGAGACAAUCAAAAACAGAUGCCUCAAAAGUCCAUGCAUUGGAUUUAUUAAUGCCAUCGGUGGGAGAACUCUGUGGAGGCAGUUUGAGAGAGAACAACUACGAUGUGUUGAAGAACAAAAUUCCUCCUGGCCUGCAAUGGUAUUUAGAUCUUAGAAAAUACGGUGGCAUCCCUACUGGAGGCUUUGGUCUAGGAUUUGAGCGAUUCCUUCAACUCAUAACAGGAGUUAAAAACAUCCGAGAUGUAAUUCCCUACCCACGAUACCCACAUUCUUGUAAAAUGUAAAUAAAACAAACAAAAAAAAGUUUCCAAUUAAAAUAA